CCUUAACCCUCAAAGCCUCAACAGCCGUGGCGGCCACACCGCCCAAUUGUCUCUGGACUCUGGGUUUAGGGUCUUACGUUCUUCAUUUUCGCCUCAACAGCUUCGGUUAUUCACCACUAUUCCUCAGAAGUGUUGCUUUAGUCUGGAAGCACAAUGAGACUGGAGAAAUGCUGGUUCUGUUCUUCUACUGUAUAUCCUGGACAUGGAAUCCAGUUUGUUCGUAAUGAUGCAAAGAUUUUUCGAUUUUGUAGAUCUAAAUGCCACAAGAACUUUAAAAUGAAGAGGAACCCGCGGAAAGUAAAAUGGACAAAGGCAUAUAGGCGAGUGCAUGGAAAGGAUAUGACACAGGAUUCAACUUUUGAGUUUGAGAGAAAGCGAAACAGGCCUGAGAGAUAUGACAGGAAUCUCGCUGAGAAUGUGCUCAAGGCCAUUCCAAAGAUUGAUAAGAUCAGAGUCAGCAGGGAGGAGAGACAUCAUAAGAUUAGGAUGAAAGGGAAGAAACAAAAGUUGCAGGCGGAGGCAGUUAGGGAGUUGGAGCAGGGCAUCAGUCUGGUCAAAGCUCCUUCUGUGCUUCAAAAGGAGCCGUCUCUUACUUUACCUAAGAUCAAAGUUGGGGUUACCCAACAGCAAUCAGAGGACAAUCAUCCCAUGGAAGAGUGAUAUCAAUGCUUCACUCCCCCCCACCCCAUUUUGAUGUUUGUAACUUGUAGCUGGAUUCGUUCCUAUAGAACUUGUACUGUCUAAAUUUUAAGUUGAUUUGUUAUUGAUCUGUAAUGUGAAUGAUUUGAUUUUGAAACAAAAGUUUUGGCCUUUUAGGAUAUGUU